GGCAUGAUACAGACGUCAAAAGAAUGCCCGUGAAGCGUUUGAGUAUGUUACCAAAUUCCCGUUAAGCGAUGGAAGGAAAAAGUUCCGACGAAAAUCGCAGGCAAGUUCGUUACGCGGAAUCCAUCGAAGAAGAGUGUUCUGGUACUGAAGCGGAAAAUGUUUCGGAAAAUUCAAAAUCGUUAGUCCGUCAUUCCGGUGAUAGCGAGUAUUCCGUUGGUACCAGCAUACUGGACGCCGGACAUCAAGAGGUUGCUGUGUUGAAGCUGAAACUCGAAGCAGCCGAACGAAAAUGUCGCGUCUUGGAGACAGAAAAUGAAAAGAUCCACUCUGAUUUAAUAAAGGAGAGAACAAAGACCGCUAAACAAGAUAAGAAGCUUCAGUUCGUCAAAGAAAAUCAAGAAAUUUUUAUGAGACUGAAGGAGGCGUACGUCAACAUGAAAUACAAUGAAGCGGCCGGUAGAAGAAUGAUCGAAAUCAAAGAAAAGGGUACUCAAACUUGGCCGGGAGUUUUGUGCAACGCGUGUUUAGAAACUGAGGAAGUUAGGAGACAAGUGGAAAUUUUGGUUGUAAAAUACAGCCAAAUGUUUGUUGUGUCUCCGAGCGAAAUGGAGCGACUGGUAAAUACGGUCAAGUACUUAAAGGAUCUUGUAAUUAGACAAGAGAAGACGUGGCUGACAAACGUGGAAAAGCAAAACGUUUUCCAAGCCCGCGUUGAUUUAUUGACUAGGGAAAAUUCAGAGCUCAGGGAAAUGUUGACCAGGAAACGGGUUGACAACAUUGACAAUCAAAGUACUUUAGGGAGAGAAAUAUUAUUUCGUAAUGUUAUGGACGAUCAGUUUUCAACGAAACACAUAGAAACCCUGAAUAAAAUUAUCGUUAAAUACGAAAGAUGCCAUAAGCUUAUGACGGGAAAUCAAACUAAAAAAAUAUUAAAUGGCCCAUUAAGCGAAAAGGAACAACGAAUAGUGGAAGAAAUUGUUUCAAAGUGCGGUACGAAUUGUCAAAAGAAAAGUUUUGUGGAGCUUACAAGUAAUAGUGCGUCUCGAGAAAACACCGCUCUUUUGCGUAGACCUUCGGGUUCUUUGAGAUGCUUAAAUGUCGAUAGCAAAAGGUUUGGUGGAGAUUCUUUGGGAGCUAACGCAGCUUCAACAAUUUUAAUGAUGGAUUGUUUAUUCGAUUGAAGGGCAUCUUUUAGAAAUAAUUAAAUCGUAUGUCUAUUGGGCAGAUGUAUUUAUAUCCAGUAACAUAUAGAUACAUGUGCGCCGCUUUGUUUCCAACUAGAUCAAC